AUGUCGACAAUACAACAAGUAAAACAGCUAACGAAGACCAAAACUGCCAUAACUACCGAGCAAUCGCAGAAGCUCAUCCAGACGAUGCUGACAAUGUCAUUUGGCUGCCUAGCAUUUCUGAGAGGGCUAUUUCCAGAUGAUUCAUUCAUUGAUCAGAAGUUUGUACCUGAAAAAUGCAACAAAUCAUACGAUAAGGAGAAUACGCCGAGCAUUCGAAUUAAGACGCUGGUGCGGGGACGAUCCGAGGAGGCAGAUAUGUUUCUAGACUGGGUUGAAAAGGGCGUGUUCACAGCUAUUCGCUUGCGCUACCUCAAGGCCAUCUUGCUUGGGAUAUUUACCGACAAAAACAAUCCGCACGAUCUGCUGGAGAGCUAUGUGUUUUCUCUAGAAUACCCCACCUCCAACACAGUCACACUUAGAAUAAACGGCCAAGAGGAGGCUAUUUCGCUGCUGGACAGCAGAAAGAUGAUGCAGCAACUAAUGCGGCGCUUCAUAAUAAUCACUCAGUCCCUCGAUCCUCUACCAAAAGAGCGCUACUUGAGCAUGCGCCUCUUGUUCAAUGAGAAUGCACCACCGGAUUACCAGCCUCAGUUUUUCCGGGAUGCAUCGAUGGAGCCCAAGACCACUAUUAAAGUUCCUGACCACAUGGAUAUGGAUGCGGUGUCUGUUGGUUGCCUCGACACCCACCAUCAUACAAUGGCAAUCAAAGUUUUAUCGUUAGUAGAUGUCGAUGCGCAGGCUAGGGAAGAGCCAAAUGCAAGGGCCAUCGACCCAUUCGAAUUGGUUAACCAACCUGUAGAGCUAAAGGUAGAUUCGAUUGGACAGUCUAAAUACAACAGCCAGACCACAAAUAUGCUACAGGACUACCUGCGGUCCUCUCCUGACAACGUGUGUCCAACACAAGCACUGGAUAAAGAAGACGAGUCCCAACAGCUCUCGCCAGAGGGCCAAGAGAGUUGUGAAUGCGGCAUGUCUUGUUCAGUCAGUUUCAAGAUUGAGUGUGACACUUGCAAGAGACAGCUUCACGGCUUAUGCUACGGAAAUUCUCGUUCGAAUGUUGUUCAGCAGUGUAUUACUUGCAUUGUAGCGGAGGAGCUCAACUUAGAUCCGACAACAAAGGAAUUUCAGAUGAUGAUGGUUCUACGGAAGGCAUAUCGUUAUCUAAAGGAUAAUCUUAAUUCCUGUACCUCGACUUCUUUUCUACAAGAGACGCUGUUCGAUGGGAACAAUAGUGACACUACCACAAACAUGUUAGCCGAAGCGCUUUCAAUCUUUAUCCAAGACAAGGUCAUAGUACUUGACCAAGAGCGCAAGAGGAACGCAAAGGGGCAAUUUACGAAGGACUCUGUGUUCGUUGAUGUGGACCACCAAUCAGUAUUUACUCCAGAUGGUUUGCUGCAUCCAGGCAGGUAUGCAAUGACAUUUAUUCCCAACUCCAAGAAUGCCCAAAAAUGCUAUACAGAGCUAUGCCCGGCAUCCGCUGCACAAGUAACAGCCUGGACUUCUGCGGUAAGAAGGUCUCUUGCCCACCUCAACAGAACUAAGCGACAUGUGAAUAGCAGCUCGUCUUCGAUAAACUUGAGCUCCUUAGCAAUUGACGAGGAGACUCUAAACCCAAUUCCGAGAGGAAAGCGUAAGAAUAUCCGCCUCGAAGAUGAAAGCGUAGAGAAUUAUCCAGAUAGCUUGCCAAAUAAGGUUAGGAAAAUAAGCGUUUCGAAGAAAACUUUGAAGAGUGCUUGGUGA